GCAGUCUCAGUGUCAUGUAAACACAACAGCACCUAGCAGUGGUUCGGUUGUCACUUGAGUCAAAGGUUGAACAGCUAGAUUGGCUAGCUAAAGUGAUAGGGUAAAAACCGGCAAAACGUUGUUCAGGCUGUAUUUCUUUACUUGUUGGUGUGUUGUAUCGCUGGAUACUUUGGCAUAUGAUGCAGUCAUCUGUUUGUCGAUUUUGGUCAGUGUGUGAGUCGGGAAAGCUAACGAGAUCUAAUAGUCUAGCUAGCUGCUAGCACUAGCUUGUUAGCUAGCUAGUUCUAGCUAACCAUCUACGCUAGCUAAAGUUAGCUCAGUUUCUACUCUUACUGCUAGCUUGGAGUCUAGCUCACACAUCUAGAUAGAUAUCUUAGACAUCUCAGGUGUCCGUCUCUUGGUAGAUGUUGUAUCUAGCUACCGGUUACUAUACCCGUUGGGCAUCCCAAAACUAAGCUAGCUAACUUUAGCAAAGGUUGGCUAGCUCUAGUGCCAGCAGGACUGGACAACAAUAGCUAGGCUAGUGGUUGGUUGACGGCUGAAUUUUUAAUCUAGCACUGGUUUAACAGCGGUUGUUCACAUGACAGUAAGCUUUCUUGAAUAAGGAAGUAAGUUAGCGAUAAAGUUAAAUCCAUCAGGUGACAUUUUAAAACCUUGGACGGUUUUCUGUGGCUAAAAUACGAAAUUGGCUAGGCCAAGACUGACAAAAUCACCUCGUCACUGCAGUCUCUCUGUAGGCCAGGACUCCGACCUACAGUUUCCAGUUCACAGGAUUUCAUCUUGCACUGCAUUUAACAUUGUCAUAUGUUGACUGAAAACAGGAAGCGCCAGCGCUGCAGCGAUGAGGAGAAUGGCCAGCUGGUGCCUCAAGCCAAAAGGUCAAGCAGAGCUCACCCCCUCUCUCCUGAGCUGGGACGGGAUGCCUGGGACUCUGAGUCCUCCAACAGUGAAAGCAGUGGGAUAAGCAGUCCAGUGGAGAGCAGCAGCAGCAGCAGUCAGUGUGCCGUGGACUCCCAUGGAGGGGGCCCCAGAGCCCCUGGACCCUGCAGUCCCCUCAGCUCAGCUCCCUCUGAGCUGGCUGGUGCUCUAAGCCUGGUCUCCUACCACCAGAUCAACCGAAUCCUCAGGGAGGCCCAUUUCCAGAGCCUGCAGAGCCGGGGCAAUUCCAGGGAUACAUGACUGCCCCCUCGUACUCGCCAAGCAGGCCUCUCUGGGGGCAUAAGGACUUCGGCCUAGGCUUGCGAGAGCACGACACGGUGGAUCACAUCGCUCAGCCCGACAACACCAUUCCCUGCUUCCGUGAUGUCCGACAGCCCAGUUUUCUUUGCGUAUCUGUGGGAGAAGGCUGGUCCUUGGUGUAGAUAGUUGACCUAAACUUGGCUAAUCCGUAGAAUGAGAGAAGGUAUCCAUCUUGUUAGCAAUAAUAACGAUUUGCUCCAAUUGAAUUGUUUUUGUGUCUGACUUAUUUUUGGACCACCGUGGUUUACAUGCUUCUCAAAAAGCCUCAUCGAGAGGUGUUGUUGCAGAGUCCCGUCUCAUCAGCAUCACUUCAUGUGAUAGUAGUAGGGGCUGAAGAGAUGUUACCAAAUACUACUUGUAUGCUGGCCUAUUUGAACUGUUCAGUCUCUCUGUGGAGUUGGUGGUGUUAGACUAUCUUACUGAAGUGCAUAAUGAAUCCAAACUAAGAGGGGUUGGAUCACACUGGGAGGAAGAUUUGCACUUGGAUUUGUUUUACAUUUUGAUUUGCUUCCAUGUUAUUACAGGGGCUCGACACAGCCAAUGGCUCCCCAUCUGUAUACUCUCCCUGGAGAGGUGAUCCUAGUGGGUAAUGUACAGUGAUUUUCACCCUGGGUAUCUGCUUGUAGAGGGCUGUACUCAGUUCAGGGAGGUGGACAUAUUCCUUAAGCCAUGUCAGGUUUGCAGCAUGGCUCCAGCCCAUUGUGAACAAACGACCAGUACCUGCUGGCUUGGAAACGGAUAUAUUCUGUAUGACCCUGUCUGCACUGAUCAACCAGGUAAUAAGAGCACUGACCAUGAGGCUGUGCAUUUCUUCACCUUGCCUCUACAGCCAGAUUCACAAUCUGGAUCCCCUUUUCCUGGUAGCAAAGCACCACUGCCCUCUCUCAAGACUGUAUUUGGUGUGCUAUGCUAUCGGAGAUCAAAAGCAUUUUGGGGAUGUUUUUUCUUGAUGUUUUUUUUUUUUUUUUUGUAUUUUGAAUUAUUGACGUUAUUACCUGCCAUUGGAAUUUUGGGUUUUAUUUGGUAAAUUCACCUACAUUUGAAAUGAAUAAAGAUAG